AGAAAAACGUGAACGUGGCAUGCCGUAGCGUCUUUGUGCGUUGGUUGUCGUGGCGGUGGCGGUGCCCGUUGCUCGGGGGACGUCGCCUCGAGGCCCUCCGGCGGAGCAUCGCGUCGCAGCAGAGAUCCGCAGUCGAUGGCGCAGUGGGCCCUGCGAUCGUCCCUCCUCCUCCUCCUCCUUCCCUUGCUCGUGCUCUUCCUGCUUCUCGCAGCUAGCUGUCCGUAGCCAUAUCGGCUCUGGCAGCGCGCCAAUACGGCGCCAGCGAAGUCCCACAAACCCGCCCUAGUGACCUUGGAUAAGACAUGGUAGAGCUAGACGUGCGCCUGUCGAAGCUCGGGUCGGACCCCCGCGUCGCGGACUAUUUGAAUUUCAAGGGCAUGGUGAAUAUAGGCCAGUUUGCUGGCCUGGCGGACUCCAAAGCAGACUCCGUCGUUGGGAUCUGCGUCCCGGCAGGGCUAGAUGGGACAGACCGUCCUUUGUGCCAGCCUGUCAAGGCAGCCUGGCAGGAAACCGAGGCCCUCGUCGCAGGUGAGCUCGACCUGAUCUGGAAGGGCAAGGGCGGGGGCUGGGACGACCCGGUCGACCCAGAAGUGCGCGAGAAGAGAACGGCGAGCUUCGUGGGCCACUACCACAUUCGCCUCCCGGCGCACCUCAUGGGGAGCGACGCGUUGGCGGGCCGCCUGGUCCGCGCGCUGAACAGCGAGGCGGGGAUCUCGGCGUCUGGCGGUGGCGCCAGCGCCCAGAACAGCGACGACUCUUCCGGCACCCAGACCGCCGUCGGGUUCAUGUAUAAGCACAGGGUGCUCAUGAACACGUUGGCCUUGGCGGCUGCGCCCGACUGGGCGUCUGCGGACUGGUCCGUCCUGCUCGACUACCACGAGUGGGUUGUCCUCAAACUGUUCGAGCGCAAGAACGGCCGCAAACCCACCGUGGACGCCGUCAUGGAGGCGGACCGCCAGAUGAGGCCCAAGUGGAAGUCCCUCACGGAGGCCGUCCAGACGUGCCGCGCGGAAUGGGUGUCCUUGUUUUCGGGGCUCCACAGCGACCGUUCCGGCGCGGUCGACGGCCCGCAGCAGGCGCCUCCGAAGAAGGCCCGCGUGGGUCUUCCGCGCGUGGAGUCCGUCGGUGGCAAGCAGGUUCGCGCGUUCUACAACGAAGGGAAGUGCACCUACGGGAAAAAGUGCAAGUACCUCCAC